UAAACUCAGAGACACCGCAAAGUGAUCGGUUAGUUAAUGGAAGCUGUUUCUGCACUCGACUGAUUUUUCGUUAGUGUUUAACAAGAUCUGUUUAUCUGUGAAACAUUUUGACUGUAGGAUAAUUUUAUGACAUGAAGAAAGAAAGAAAACGAACAAUAGUAGCUUUCUGGGGGACUCACGAGUUGAAGGACACCUUCGAGGUGUGUCGGUGCCUGGCAGCCGAGGCUGUAGGCUCAGCUAUCCUGGUAUGGCUGGCGACCACCAACUGUGCACAGUUCCCGGACAACACGGGCGUACUCAAGAUCUCACUCACUGUCGGCCUCACCAUAGCUACAGUUAUCAUGAUCUUUGCGCCGGUCAGUGGAAGUAAUAUAAGCCCUGCUGUCACUCUUGGACUUCUCGUCGUAGGUCGUAUAUCUGCUUUCAAAGCCCUUUUAUACGUCCCCGCUCAGAUCCUGGGUGUUGUAAUAGGAACAAUAAUAUACGAGGCAUCAACGCCUGAAAGUGUCCAAGGUGAAAAUCUCUGUUCCAAUGGCAUCAACGUUUCUGCUGGAGUCACUGUAGAAGAGGCUUUAGUAGUGGAAGCGGUGCUAACGUUUAUUUUGGUGUAUCUGAUUUUAACCAUAAGCGACAAAAACAUAUACCCCCAUAUUCCUAGCAUAGGGAUUACCCUUUGCGGGUUGUUUGUUACAUCUUCUUUUCUUAUGGGGCUUAGAUACAGUGGAGUGUCUCUAAACCCUGCCCGAUCUAUAGGAUUGGCGAUUCUCAAACACAUAGUGUGGGAUUCCAUUUGGGUGUACUGGGUAGGUCCAUUGCUAGGAGCAGCACUUGCAGGACUCAUUUACAGGAACUUUUUUGAUGCCGCCUUCCAGUAAGCAACGCCUUGAUAACAUUUCUGCAACUGCAUACUUCAAGGAUUUUAUUUGCUUGCACAUCGAACCUUUUAAACACUUCUUUAUAAGUAUUUAAUGAAAAAUGUUGUUUUUUAUAUUUAAUUACUAUAGUUUUAUAUUCUACAGUAAUUUGACAGUCAUAGUCAUAGAGUCAGACAUAAUUUGUAAAUGUGGUAAUGAAUAAAAAUGUACGAUCUACCACCAGGA